AUGGUCACCGUUGCAAAGAACGCGCCACGUGGCGCAACCAGCGCGCCGCGACAGUCGCUGACCAUUGUUGAUAACCGCACUGGCAAGUCUUACGAGCUGCCCAUUACCAGGAACUCCGUGUUGGCUACGGAUAUCAAGAAGAUCAAGGCCGCUCGCGGCGAGGACCGCGCGGAGGAUGAGACCGACCAGGGUCUCCGAGUCUACGACCCGGCCUACAUGAACACCGCCGUGGUCCAGAGCAACAUCACCUACAUCAACGGCCAGGAGGGCAUCCUCCGGUACCGCGGCUACCCCAUCCAGCAGCUUGUCAACAAGUCGCAUUUCUUGGAGUCAGCGUUCCUUCUCAUUUACGGCGAGCUGCCGACAACGUCACAGUACAACAAGUGGCAAGAUGAGAUUAUGCACCACACCUACAUCCAUAGCGAUAUCGAGGGCAUGUUCAAGUCGUUCCGCUACGACACACAUCCCAUGGCCAUGUUGCAAGCAUCCUUCUCAUCAAUGGGUGCCUUCGCUCCCGAGUCGAACCCGAGUUUGCAGGGCCAGAAGCUGUACACCAACGCGGCUUCAGGCGACCUCGAGGCCCUCAAGAUGCUCGACAAGCAGAUCCUCCGCAUCAUCGGAAAGGCGCCCACGGUAGCUGCUGCCUCAUACCGCAUGCGCCAGGGCAGACCCUUCAACCGCCCGGCCCAGGGACUCAGCUACACCGGCAACUUCCUCUACCUGCUCGACCACCUGAGCGGGCACGAGUACCAGCCUCACCCCGUUCUGGAGCGCGCCCUCGACGCGCUCUUCAUCAUCCAUGCCGACCACGAGGUCAACUGCUCCACCGCCACGGUCCUGCAGGUCGGCUCAAGUCUCGUCGACCCGUACAGCGUCGUCUCCGCCGGCUGCGCCGCGCUCUACGGCCCUAGCCACGGCGGUGCCAGCGAGAGCGCGAUCCGCAUGCUGAUGGAGAUCGGCAGCCCCGAGAACGUGCCCGCCUUCAUGCAAAAGGUCGAGAAGCGCGAGCGCGUGCUCGUCGGCUUCGGCCACCGCGUCUACAAGAACGUCGACCCCCGUUCGACUGCCAUCCGGCAGCUGGCCGAGGAGGUCUUUGCGGUUACAGGCCGUAACCAGCUCCUCGACACGGCGCUGGAGCUUGCAAAAUAUGCCCGUGAGAGCGAGUUCAUGAAGAAGCGUAACCUGUACCCCAAUGUCGACUUCUACUCUGGCCUCAUCUACCAAGCCAUGGGUUUCCCGCUUGACUUCUACCCGGUUCUGUUUGCCGUCCCCCGCUGCGUUGGAUGGCUGGCGCACUGGAGGCAGCAAAUGCUGCAAAAGGGCGGCGUCAAGAUCUGGCGCCCGCGUCAGUUGUACAUUGGCGAGGGAGAGCGGGAGUACGUUGAUGCGGACAAGAGGCAAGAGAAGAAGAGUAAGACGGUGUUUGAUGAGCCUGUUCAGGUCAGCCAUGGUGGCGACAGCAAGAGGAAUGAGCUUGCUACUUUCAAGGAUGAGAUGGGACAUGCCUGGAGGGGUCGUUCGAAGCUUUGA